AUGAAUGUAGAAGAGAAAAGAGCACUUGUUGAUGAGAUUAUGUUGCAUAUGGAGGGGGACUCACUGCCAAGAGGCUUCUUAGCCAAUUUGGCUAGAAAACAUUCAGUGCACAAAUCCACAACAACAAGGUCGUUCAAGGUAAUCAAACAAUCUCUAGCCGAAGGUACUGUAGUUGAUGUUAAUACCAAAAAAUUGGGCAGGACAGGACCCAAACCAAAAGUGUACACAGAUGAAUUUCUAACUUCAGUACCAUUGUACAAGAGAAGGACGGAGAGAGUUUAUGCUGCAGCACUUAAAAUACCCAAAACAACACUGCACAGACUCACGCAACAAGGCAAGCUCAGAACACACACCAGCACAAAUCAUCCAGCUCUUACAGAGAAGCACAAAGUGUCAAGACUGAAAUGGGUUCUAAGUCACAUAGAUCCCAUUCCAGCACAAGGGGACCCAAAAUUCAUAGACAUGCAGCACUGGAUACAUUUGGAUGAGAAAUGGUUCUUUAUAAAUCCAGAGACAAGAACAUUUUAUUUGUUGCCUACUGAGGAAGAUUCAUACAGGGCACAACAAUCAAGGAGAUUCAAGAUAAAAGCAAUGUUCAUGGGAAUGAUUGGGGAGCCCUUAUUUGAUGAGCAAAACAACAUUCUACAUGAUGGAAAAUAUGGUCUAUUUCCUUUUGUCAAGUAUGAAAUGGCCAAAAAGAAAAGCAAAAACAGAGAUGCAGUGACUCUGGAGACAAAGGCACUUCAAAGUGUCACAAAAGAAUGCAUUAGGGACAUGCUACUAACACAUGUUAUUCCAACUAUCUAUGAGAAGUGGCCAGAACAGCUACCAAAGGACAUCAUCAUUCAAUGGGAUAAUGCAAGACCUAAUCAAGUUCCAAAGGAUAAAGAAUUUCAAGCAUCUUGUCAUGCACAUGGAUUCAACAUUCUAUUCAUUUUCCAAACAGAUCAAUCACCAGAAACAAAUGUUUUAUAUUUAGGUUUGUUUAGUGUCAUUCAAUCACUACAAUACCAAUCAUUCCUAAGGAAUCUAGAUGAGCUCAUAUAUGAAGUUGCUAGAGCUUUUGAAGAGUUUGACCCAGUUUUGAACAAGUACACAUGGAUCACACUACAAUCAUGCUUAAUUAAGAUACUAAAGAAGCAAGGUGGGAACAACUUCUCUCCCCCUCACAUGAAGAAGAGAAGUUUGGAAAGUGAAGGUCUACUACCAUGGUUACUAGAAGUUGACAGGAAUCUGAUUGGUCAAGUUGUUCAAUGUUUGGACUGA